AUGGCAUCUCAUCAGGAGGACCCUGAAAGCGCAGGAGAGGACGUGUUUGAAUCAGCUGAAGAAGAGAUGGAUUUAUUUCCCGUAGCCUUUGGCGAAGAUGACGAUGACGACGAAGGCUCCGAGUACGUGGAUGAAGAUGACGAGGAUGCCGAGGAUGACGACUAUGACGAGCAUGAUCAUGGAGAGCACCAUGCAUACAUCGACGCUGGUGGCAUGCAAGUGGAGAUCUCAUUCCAACCAGAGGAUGGCGAAGAUGACGAGGCUGCCGGCUGGGCUGAGAGGAACCUCGCUCAGGUCAUCAAUUUGAUUGCGGGUGGAGGUCAGGCUGGCCAUACUUUCUUGUCUCGAACGCAGCUGCGGGCUCUGUUGGGAACAACGAACGCUCUCGCCGAUGAUGACGACGAGGACCAUGAAUGGGACGAGAUGGGCUAUGGCGGGCGGCGUAGGCGACGAGUCAGGGGGGAUCCCGAUCGGUUCCCUAAGAUCCCAAGUGAUGAAGGAACGGAGCUGAUGACCUCCGGGGUCUUUGGCUCUACAGACCGGCAAGCAUCAUCACAGGUCCCCAAGCAGAAAGCGCUUGCCCGAAGGAUACUGGAUCGCGAGCUUGGGCUUGACGACAAGAUUAGCUGGAGGAUGCGACAGGGCCUUAUGGCGCAGAGCCUCAUACCCACCAAAGAUGCCGACAUGGUCAUCCACUAUCACGACCCGGUGUAUUCUGGACAGUUUUCCGAUGAUGGGAACUUCUUCUUCUCCUGCGUCAAGGAUUUCAAAGUACGCAUGUACGACACCUCGAAUCCCUACAACUGGAGGCACUACAAGACAGUCAGCCACCCCUUCGGGCAGUGGACCCUCACCGAUGCGUCGUUGAGUCCUGAUAACAAGUGGCUGGCAUACACCUCUAUCCAGCCGACCGUCUGUCUCGCACCGACGGACCCGAGCGACACUGGUGACCCGUACACCCUGAAUCUAUCUGACUCGGGCAAUGCCGCCCAACUCCACGACGCCUGGCAUACACACCACUCGUUUGGCAUAUUCUCGGUUCGUUUCUCUGGUGACGGCCGAGAACUCGUAGCUGGCACGAAUGCCGCUACGGUUGUGAUCUACGAUAUCGAGUCGAGGCGAGUUUUGCACACCGUGUCUGGCCACGAAGACGAUGUCAACGCCGUAUGUUUUGCGGAUAAGAUGUCGCCCCACAUCCUCUACUCGGGUUCAGAUGAUGCUACCAUCAAGGUAUGGGACAGGCGCAGCAUGGGAGAUGGGCGCGAGGCUGGCGCCUUCGUCGGCCACUGCGAGGGCCUCACAUAUAUCGACAGCAAGGGCGACGGGCGGUACAUUCUCUCGAACGGCAAAGACCAGACGAUGAAGUUGUGGGACCUGCGCAUGGCCAUGAGCACUGAACAGUUCGCCGAGAAGAACCCGAUGCAGUUCACGCGACACAGCAACUUUGAUUAUCGCUUCCACCGGUACUUCGAUGACGACUGGUUCAAGCACCCCUACGACAACUCUCUUGUGACGUUCCGGGGCCACCAGGUGCGGCGGACGCUAAUUCGAUGCCACUUCUCGCCCCCCGGCAGUACGGAUUCUCGGUAUGUCUACUCGGGCAGUUAUGAUGGCAGGGUAUACGUAUGGAAUAUGGAUGCAACUAUCGCAGCCAAGAUUGAUAUCAGAGAUGCGGCAUCCGAGAUGAUUUAUGGCUCGAGACAAAUGGGAAUCAGGCGUCACCUUGGGUCUGCGUGCGUACGAGAGGCCAGCUGGCAUCCUACUGCACCCAUUCUUGUUGCGUCUGCAUGGAACGGACAGCAGGACUUUGGCUCAUGUACGGUCCACUCCUACAACGAUGCUCGUGAGGAUGACGCGGACCCUAAAAUGGGUCGCGUUGUCGAUGACCAGCUCCGUCCGUUGGGGUUGCGCGCAGAAACAGAGUCUCCGGAACCGGGAGCAGGCGACUUGGGGCAUUUCUUUGGCACUGGUGACUGGUAG